AUGACUGACAAAAUCCACAAUCUUUCGACUUGGGACAACGUCGCUCCUCGCACCUACACUGGUCGGGUGAUCUGCUUCCCAUUUGACGACGAAGCCCGCAAGAACCAGUCAGAGAGCGCCCAGGCUCUCCUGAACUCACUUCGCAAUAGUCUCGACGUCCUUGUCAAACAGCGACCUGACUUUGCCGGAAAACUCCAUCUCGGAGCGAACCUGACACCCGUCGAGAAACAAAGCGUAGCCAAAUACAAGGACGGAUACGUCUACCUCCUCACAUCAUCCAACUACAGGAUCUAUCUGCGGCCCAAGUACCCGAAGGAGCUCGAGUCCCUUUACAGAAAGGUCACUGCCAGAAACGGCACCGAGGAUGUCAAGGCAAAGGGGAUCAAUUUUGACAAGAACUUUAUCGACUACGACACCUUGAAGCGCUCCAAAUUCCCCGUCAAACCCUUCAUCAACGAGGACUUGACCACCGACCUGAUGCUCGAGGAAGGAAAGGCGCCCAUACCCGUUGUGGAAGUCGAAGUCAUCUUCCUCAACGGCGGUUUCUUCUUCAACCUCCUCAUCCACCACACAUACUUUGACGGCAAGGCGUAUCACAAGUUCCUGGAAUGGUUCGCGGCCUGCACUCGCGGACAGAAAGUUCCCCAGUUCCCCACUAGUCCCAUGAUCAAGCUUCCCUACGAACAGGACCGGUCCCUCGCCGGGAAGAACUUCGAGGACAUCCUUCCUUUAUGUUCCGAUUUCCAGACCUGGCCAAAUAACGCCCUCAAAGGUCCAACGCAGCCCAUCCAGCCCUAUAUCCCCAACAGCGAGAGACCAAAGUCCUUCAAAAAUGACAGCAAGAUCUUCAUCUUCAAUUUCUCCAAGCUCAAGACCCUCAGCGUCGAGCUUGCGCAACUCCUUCCCGAUAAAUCUACUGCAAAGCCAUCGGCCUAUACAACCCUCUGCGCCCUCCUCUGGGCACACACCCUCGUCGCGCGCGAAUCCUUCCUCAGGAAAACCUCCGAACAAAGCGAAGCCGCCCUGCACACCCAUUUCCUCUCCCACCCGCCCUUCUUCUCAACCCCAGUUGACUGGUCCAGCACCAAGCUUCUCCAGACAUACCCCUCCUCCCUCGCCCCUUUUACUGAGUCCUACUUCGGCAACACAGUAACCUGGGCCAUUACCACUCUUCCCCCCUCCACCUGUCUUUUGCACGACAUAGCAUCAGGUUCCAAACCCUCCCUAGCCCUCGUCGCCAGCUCCAUCAGCCACUCCAUUUCCCAAAUCUCCCCCUUCCACCUCUUCAACCGCGAAGCCCUCUUCGCUAAAGCCCCCGACAUGCGCAUGCUCGGAUUACCAUGGGAUAGCCGUAUGCCAGCAGAGUGGGGGAUGAAUAGCUGGGCGGAUUUCGGGGCUGAUAUCCAUUGGUCUUUGCCUGGUGUUGCGAGGAGUCCUGAUACCUCUACAGAAGGAAAAGGGACAUGGACGCUAGCGGAUGCGCAGAGAAGGGUGCAGAAGGAGGUGGGUGGUAGUGGAGGGUUGAUAUUGCCGGCAAAAAGAGCGAGGCCGAGAGAGUGGGAGUGUCAGGUUAGUUUACCGGAGGGGGCGAUGAGGGCGUUGGAGGGGGAUGAGGUUUUUGGGAGGUAUGUGGAGGGGGUUAUUGGUUGA